CACACACACACACACACAGGGCCUCUUGAUGGCCUUUCUCUAUUUAGCUCUAAUCAAGUGGGAUCUUCAAUUGAGCUUGCUUUCCAGAGUUAUAUGGGAAAUCUUAUUUUAGCAAUUAUUAAGGCUGGAACGAGGAAGGGCAUUUCCUGUGGAGCUGAACGGCGAGCAGCAUGAAGAACCAACUUUGGAAACACGAAACCUCCCUGUUGCUUUUUCUUGUCCUCCUAGUGCAGAUUUUUGGUUUGGAUGACGACAACCGGUCAGCGACGGAGAUCUGCUCCACCCAUACCAUUUUACCAGGACCGAAAGGAGAUGGAGGCAAAAAGGGAGACCAAGGAGAAAUGGGCAAGCAUGGGAAACUCGGCCCCACGGGAUCCAAAGGAGACAAAGGACCGGUUGGCGAUAUUGGUGACCAAGGAAUCAUGGGUAAAAUUGGACCGAUUGGCAGAAAGGGUGACAAAGGACUGAAGGGGUUAUCUGGUGUAUCUGGAGGAAAGGGCAAAGCAGGUGCUGUCUGUGACUGUGGGAAAUAUCGCAAAGUCGUUGGACAACUGGACAUCAACGUUGCUCGGCUCAAGAGUUCCAUCAAGUUUGUGAAAAAUGUGUUAGCAGGUAUCAGGGAAACAGAGGAGAAAUACUAUUACAUCGUGCAGGAAGAAAAGAGCUACAAGGAAGCGCUCACUCACUGCAGGAUUCGAGAUGGGGUUCUGGCGAUGCCGAAGGAUGAGGCUGCCAACGCUGUGAUCUCUGACUAUGUAUCCCAAAGCGGCCUCUUCCGGGUCUUCAUUGGCCUGAGUGACAUGGAGAACGAAGGGCAGUUCAUGUAUGCUGACCGUACACCAUUGCAGAACUACAGCAACUGGAAGGAAGGAGAGCCUCAGGACACCUCUGGGCAGGAAGACUGCGUGGAAAUGCUCAGCACCGGGCAGUGGAAUGACACAGAGUGCCAUCACACUAUGUACUUUGUCUGCGAAUUCCCAAAGAAGAGGAAGUAGGUGCCAGGGGGAAUCUGUGGCACACUCUAUGAUCACCCUGUGCUGGUCAGCUAUUGAACUACGAGUCUAGGAGAGGAAUCUGCUUCCAAUACACCAGGUAUACAGAACUGGUGGCCCUCCAUAAAUUGUUGGACUCCAAAUCCCCUCAUCCUUAUGCUGGCUGGGGGCUGAUGGCCCUUGGAGUUCAACAAACUCUGGAGGGACAUUACGAUGACAGUAUAAUUUGGAUAUUACAAUAUUUACUACCCAAUGAAUCUUUUAGUACUGGAGCUUGAGAUCUGGGGCUUCUGCUAGGUCUCUGCAUUAUCUUCAGACACAGCAACCUAAGCUGUUGCCUCUCGUCCUUGCUUCCAACAUCUGGAGCUCAUCCACAGGUAGGGUUGCCAGACUCAAUAGAGGACAGGACUUCUGUGCCUUUAAUUGCCCGGCUCUCU